AUGGGCCUCCUCCUCGCCCCCGAGUUGGAGCGUCUGGUGCCGACACUUCCGGAAGCCUGCGUCGUCCUCGUUGCGUAUAUCGCAAUUCUGGUAUUCCCAAUCGUCGGCCGGUUCCACUCCCUGAUGCGGCUGUACUGCUUGGCGACGCUGACGCCACUUUUCAUCAUGCAACUCUUUCAACUGAUCGUUCCGCUCGUAUUUCCAGAAAGUCGCUACUUCGUGCUCACCACCGCGAUCAACAUGUACGCGGGGAGUCAGAUGCUGCUCUGCAACUCGCUGCUCGUCAAAUUCGUGCUGGAGAGGAUCUGCGACACUUCCGCUACGUACAGCGACUAUCGAAAAAUGGUCAUCCUCCUCUCCAUUAUCCCGGCCAUGCCCCCGUCCCUAUUAGCAUCUCAGUUGUCAGAGGAAACAUUCGUCGUCGUCCAGAUCUUCAACACUAUCUUGAAGGUGGCAGCGAUCAUUUGGGAGUGCUCGAUGCUCAUUGGGCUGAUGCGCACGGUUCGUGGGAAACAUGCGAAUAUGUGCGACGUCUCCCGGGCCGACGUCUACUUGCUGUUCACCUUCUGCGGCUGCAGCACGUCGAUCACGAUGCUGGGAUACGAGGCCUCAGUCGGCAUGGAUUGUGCGUACGAGGACACGCACGACGAGUCGACGCGCAUAUUGGCUUCUGACGUUGCCGGGCUGACCUGUCUUGGGUUUCCCCAAUGGUAUUUCCUGGUUUGCCGCUUUAAGCCUGCCACGAUGGCUUUGUGCUUCCUUUUCACCUUCCCAUGCUUCAUCCUCAACCUGUUCCGCCUCCACGCUCGCCCCCUGGAGCGAUCGAUAUUUUUGGGCGAGGAGGUGCACGAGACGUACGGCGAUCGACGCAAGUCUGUGCGUACCAUGGUGGGAGCGGAUGCUGAUCUUGACAUGGCAAGUCAAUUGGCGCAGAUGCGGAAUGCGAAUGGUACGCAAUACUACGUUACGGUACACCGAGUCGUCAACCUAGCCAAGAUGACGGCCACCGUACACGUGUCGGCAGAUUCUGGAAUAGCGGAGGAUGUCGUUGAGAAGGGGAGCCUUGCAACGACGCGUCGAGGCUCCGACGAAUCGAAUAUCGAGAAGUUGGAGCUCCCGAAUCCCGUUCACUACCAGGCCAUCCAGGCGUGUCGGCUGAGAUGUGCCGAGUCUACCAUUGCAUUUCCCCUUUCCCGUGACGAGACGACGUGGCCGCCAAAUUUACUGCAGCUCUGUGAUUACGGGUGUCGCGUCCAGGCGUGCGAGACGGGCUGCGCUGAUCUGGAUGGUCCGGUUUCAACCUGUGCGACGCGGUGCCAGCUCGAAGCCGGCUCGGAGAGCUGCCGCCAGGGAUGCCACGCCGUCGAGCAGAAUUUCGUCGCCCAGCUGCAGGAGGUUGUCGACAAGGCCAGGAUCCACCAAAUGGACGACCCAGCUACCGUCCCCUCAGACGUUACCCUGGCACCCGAAACCUCGGCGAUGCGGGUGUCAUUUGGAGACGAGUGGAACCUUGUUGUUCAGGAGGUCUCGGCCCUCGAGGUCCAAUGGUACAUCCAGAGUCGCUCAACAGAGGGAAAUCCCGGCUGGAAGUGGACACCCCUACCGCAGAGGAGCUUCCGCAACAUCUCUGCAACCUGCGUAGUUGGCAUCCCACGUGAAUCUUCUGUCGAGAACACGGCUCGUCUAGCUAUCGGGUGGCGAGGCCGGGUAGUCGUUUCUCCGGCUACGAAUUGGCGGCUCGACCCGGAAAAAGUGAUCCCGAAGGUUCAGUUCAGCAGCGGGCUACAACUAUCUGGUGACAUGUAUUCGGUGUGCUGGCUGUCAAAUAGACACCAGGGCCAAUUUCGCGUGGCGCUCGCCAAACUGGAUGAUCAGCCGCUCGAUGAGCAAAACACAGACUCCACCUGUCACUUGUUGAGGAAAAUCCCACGCGAGAACUGUUGCAAGGUGACGAUAGCCGACGUCACGGACAGCCCGGAGAAUCCUGGGCUACAGACUACACACAGCUUCGAGAUGGAGGAAGUGCCGGAAUUUCCGGGUCCGUCCGCGGGGCUGCUCUGGACAAACGGGACACACAUUGAGCGGCUCGCUGAUAUGGACGAUUUCACGCUGUCUCGGCAGCCCCUUUUGGUGCCGUUCGAUUUGGCGCUGGAGGACAGGAUUUCAGCACUGGUCGGAAUCUCGGAAGAGUUGAUCGUCGUCGGGACGGAGCAUGGCGGAAUCUGGAUCGUUCCUACCCCAACGCCGCCCGCCUUGCCAAUAUUUGAGGAUACGAUAGUCGAGGCGGUGACUAUGGAAAAUACGACAGGCACCCUAAUGACGUCAACAACCACAACUACGAUCCAGACUACAGUAGCCGAUCAGGAAGGCGAGUCCGACUCCCACCCGACCCCGCCAGCGCUGCCCACCUCCGUGAAGCUGCGCGAGCCGGAUGGAAGUGAGAUUACGCAGAUUGUUCAUGCUGAGUUGAAGCUGAGC